UGGUGUCGUCGCGACUGAUUACAGUCGUGACGGCCCAGGGCGGUCCGAGGGUGAAUUUCGAGGAGGUGACGCGGCUGGAAAGAGCAUUGGAGACGGUGGAGAGUUACACAGGCGGCUGGAUGAAGCCGCCAGGGGACCUUUUUCUCUAUUGCGACAUGAAAGACCUGGGAGCUGACAUGAUCGCUCCCUCGGCAAAAAAAUUAUGGGGCGUCGACGAGGGCGGCUCCAAGGACGAAGGAGGUGUAAAGGGCGGUGGGAUACUUCACCUCGGUGACCAGAUGUGGCGAGACUCGACCUGGAGCACCUCUGAUCAUGCAGUUUCACAACCAAUAUCAAUGGGGACUGGAAGGCGGGUCGGUGUCGGUAGUGGAUUUCAUCAUCAAACAUCAGAAGUUGGAGCCGUCCUCAGUCCCAGAAGCAGUGAAACCGGAGGACUCGGAGUUAAAAUGGUUGAAUAUGUUCUGGGGUCGAGUCCUACGACGCCUAAGGAGUUGGAGCCGCGAAUGGUGUCUCUUAGAUUGAAUGACACAGACAAGAAGGAUAAGGAUAAAGGGACAGCAAGCCCCUUCGAUAGCUCAAAGGACGACACUGGUCCCCAAGGAAAUGGAUUGUCAUCUCAAAAUGGUCUCGACGAUGACAAAGGAUUCAACCGUACACCGGGCAGUAGGCAGCCAUCGCCCGGCGAGGAGGAAUUUCAGAAGAAUGCGACCUUAGCUGUGAGUACGGGCGCCGGUGGCGUCGUCCUCCUGAAACCUGGCGUGGACGUGAUGGGUGGUGGUGAGGAACAUUUCAUGACCGCCUUCGCCCCGGCGCCGCCCCACCAUUUGCAACAUCACCAGGCGCCGCCGACUCAUCAUCUGCAGCACCCACACUCCCACGCGGCUCAGCUUUUCGGGGCCCAAGGUCCACCCCAGGGCCCACCACCAUCCCAGCAGCAGCAACAACAGCAGCAGGGCCCGCCCCAGCCUCAGGACACGACCGGUCACUUUGACGUCCAGGUGAGUCCUGUUAUUACUUGUCAUCUCCUUGUCGAACACUCGGCACAUCGUGUUGUAACGAUGUCAAGGUACGACACCAAAUCGCUUUUUGAAGGGAAUUUUUAAGAUCGAAUAAAUAGAAAGUGGCACGGCGAUAAAUCAUUUGAAUUUCAGAUUUAAAUCUCACGAUUUACUCCCAAGGAUACCUAUACAUUUUAAAAUGCACAAUUAUUGAACACACGCAGAGAGAAUUUUUUCACG